AUGGCCGAUCCUUUAUCGAUCGCCGCCAGCAUCGCUGGUCUCAUUUCGCUCGCCGACAUCGUCUUCACCCGCCUGAUCAAAUACAAAAAGUCAGUCAAAGAUGCCGAGAAAGAACUCGGUGACUUGGCGAAAGAGGUCAAUCUCCUCGGAGGUGCCCUUAACAGCCUUGCUCGUCUAGCCAGAGCCCUGGAAGCAGGGUCCUUCGACAGCAACCUCCGCAUGCACAAUAUCGAAGAUUGCAGUGACAGCUUGACGGCAAUGAACAAGGAGCUGAGCAAGAUCGACCUGACAUCCAUCAGAACCAAACUUUUCCGCCCGAUAUCCUCGGAUCAGGUCCGAGAAUGGCUCGAUUUGCUCUCCCGCCACAAGCAAAAUAUCAACUUGGCAUUAUCGGCGGAUUCAUUGGAUGCCAUGCUCAAGCUUCUCGCAAAAGAAGAUGAACAUGUUGAGGUUGCAAAAGAGACACGUCGCAUCACAAUCCGGAUUGAGAAGGCCAUGGAGGACAAGAGACUCCUGGAAUUUUACGUGCAGCACAAUCCCCAACCUAACUACGAUAUGAGUCUUCGUCUGCGUCAUGGUAGAACUGGUCUAUGGCUUACUCGACUUCCCCAAUUUCGAUACUGGCUGUCGAAACCUGGCUCUCGACUGUGGUUGAAGGGUAUUCCUGGAGCCGGGAAAACUGUUCUUGCUGCUUCGAUAAUUGAAGCUGCGUUGGGACAAUCCUCCGAGUCCAUUGCAUGCGCUUUCUUUUUCUGUGAUUAUAAAGUUACGGCUACGCAGAAUAUUGAGGCCAUCAUCUUGGCGAUCGUCUACCAGCUGGGCUUGCAAAAUGGCGAGGCCUACCAGUUACUGAAAUAUCACUACGAAGAACACCACCCAGUCAAUGGACUUCCAAGACAGCCCAGCGAGGCAGAGUUGAUGUCAAUGCUCCACAACAUCCUCAAGAUAUACAGCCACGUACAUCUAGUCAUUGAUGGGCUUGACGAAUGUGGCAAGUACACCGCCGAUGUUGUUGGCGCACUUGCAAAAAUCCCAAGGACGUCGCCAAAUGUAUCGAUUGCCCUGUUAAGUCGCGACGAGGAAGAGGUCCGACAUCAUCUUCACGAAGACUUUGUUUCCAUCGAAGUUGCCGCCCACAAACAAGACAUAACUGAGUAUAUAACGGCAGAGAUCGAAGAACGAACGAGAAAUGGGAAGCUUGACCUUCAUGACCCAGAACUGAAGGCAGAUGCGCUUACAAGACUUGUUGAUGGUGCAAACGGAAUGUAA